AUGGCAUCGAACAAAGUAAUACUGGAUGUUGGCGGUGAAAAAUAUACGACAAGUGUUGACACACUGACAGCACGAGAAAAAAAUACAUUCUUUACGGAGCUCUUCGCGCGUCAAUGGCAACUGGAGCAUGAUCCCAAGGAUGACAGUAUUUUCAUUGAUCGCAACGGCAAACUCUUUGCUUACAUUCUUGAAUACUUGCGUACGGGUUCAGUACCAAAUAGUGUGAAGAAUGAUGAAUUACUUCGACAAAGUCUCGUCGUUGAAGCAGAUUAUUUUCGUCUGCAAAGUCUACAGAAUAUGUUAGCUAAGCCAACAUUUCCAGGUACCACUUUGUUGGAGAGUUAUCAGCACAAAGAGAAAUUAAACGAAUUUUAUGGUAAGCCUGAUCAACAAUGGGAGUUAAUAUAUAAAGCGUCGCGUGACGGUUACGAAGCAAAACAUUUUCACGCGAAGUGCAAUGGAAAAGGACCGACGAUGACUAUUCUUCAAUCCACUGACAAGUUUCUAUUUGGCGGUUACACAACAGUUCCAUGGUCUUCCGUGGUUUCUGUUAAGCGUGAUCCUCAAGCAUUCUUGUUUACUUUGACAAAUCCUCACGAUAUUCCGCCUACGAAGUAUCCAAUCCAUCCUGAUAGAGCGAACGACGCGAUGUAUCACUUCGAAAGUGCUGGGCCCUGCUUCGGCAAAUACGGUGCGUCAUGCGAUGUGAGUGUGAGCAACUUUCCCAAGGACACCAGUUACCAAAAUACUAUAUCAUUUCCUGGAGCUUAUAUUGAUACAACUGGCAAAGGAAAGCAAACUUUUACUGGAAAAUCCAUCUUCGGUCUAUCCGACAUUGAAAUAUUCAAGCUCGUUAAUUAA